UAAUGUGUAGUGAGAAAUACACAAGAAAAAACACUUACUGUCCUGAAAAUAACAAAUACAAACAUAAAUAUCUUAUGGACAGCUUUGGAAAUAAACCUCAGUUUGGAUACAAAGAUACUAAUGUUAAAGUCACAGAAUGGGGGAAGUAAGACAGUUGUUUUUCUGAAAGGUCCCUGCACUGUGGGGUAAAUUGAACAUUGACUUUCUGACAGUCGAUGGACUUUGACUUGACCCUUGUGUAUAGGAGUACACAGUAACGCCUCUCUAGCGAUGUCAUAAAAAAGCCAGGCAGAUGAUAUAUAAAUACAGAGCUGAAGAUGCAUCUUCCCCUUCUGCAGAGCGGCACCCUUUAUGGAUUAUAAUCUGGCCAAUCAAAUCCUGCCCGGUAACAACAUACUGAGGAUCAAAAGGAACCUUACAUUUAACACAAACAAGUGUUAGGAAAGAUGGUGGGAUUUAAACCCUCAGAUGUUCCUCCUCCACUGGGGGUGAAGAUGGCGAGCGCCGGGGCUGCAGCCUGUGUAGCUGACCUGUUCACAUUCCCUCUGGACACAGCCAAAGUCAGACUACAGAUUCAGGGAGAGGUGAAGGGAGUGGAUGGGAUCCGCUACAGAGGGGUGUUUGGGACAAUCAGCACCAUGAUCCGGACUGAGGGGCCCAGGUCUCUGUACAACGGGCUGGUGGCGGGGCUGCAGAGACAGGUGUGCUUCGCCUCCAUCAGAAUCGGCCUCUACGACAAUGUCAAAAACUUCUACACUGGUGGCACGGACAAUGCCAGUGUGUUGGUGCGUAUCCUGGCUGGCUGCACCACAGGCGCCAUGGCGGUGUCGUUUGCACAGCCCACUGACGUGGUCAAGGUUCGUUUCCAGGCACAGAUGAACCUUAACGGUGUGGCCCGCCGCUACACGGGCACCAUGCAGGCCUACAAACACAUCUUCCAGAAUGAAGGCAUGCGGGGACUCUGGAAAGGCACACUACCCAACAUCACCAGAAAUGCGUUAGUGAACUGCACAGAGCUGGUUACAUAUGACCUGAUCAAAGAGGCCAUCCUCAAACACAGCCUGCUGUCAGAUAAUCUGCCCUGCCACUUUGUUUCUGCAUUCGGUGCCGGCUUUGUCACCACAGUGAUUGCCUCCCCGGUGGAUGUGGUGAAAACCAGAUACAUGAACUCACCGCCGGGUCUGUACAAGAGCGCCAUCAACUGUUCCUGGAUCAUGAUGACUAAAGAGGGGCCCACGGCUUUCUAUAAAGGAUUUGUACCAUCAUUUCUGAGGUUGGGAUCGUGGAACGUAGUGAUGUUUGUCACAUUUGAGCAAAUCAAGAGAGCCAUGAUGCUCUCAAAGAAGAGGUUCGAGGAAGGAAAUUGAGAUUCCUGAAAAAAGUUUGACUGGGAAAUGACUUAGUUUAAUCCUUUUUGUCUUUUGAUGACAAACAAAAAAAAUCCUUUGUUGAAAAAGGAAUAUUUUACUUUGUGUUGAACUGAUGUAUAAACAAAAUGCAGCUCCAUCUUUUUAUUUAUAAUUUUUCCUAAUGAACCCAUUUGAAAUUCAAUGGGAGUAAAUGGUGCUGAUGGUUGUGUUAACUGUCCUUUCAGAAGUUUGCACUUUAAGUAAAUCUCAAUCUGCUAAUUCUAUAUUUUAGGCAGCUUAUAACAGUGCAUCAUAAAUAAAACGUCCAACAGGUUUAUGUGAAAUUUAAA